AAAAAAACAACAACAAAAUGGUUGCCUCGAUGCACAAUCUCGAAGAUCUUGGCGUAAGCCAACCAGCAAGUGCUAGCGGAAACGAGAGACAACAACAACAACAAGUUAUUCAAGAGAAACAUACGACAGCACACGUAUACAGAUCGGCACAAACUGCUCAGGACAAGAGGAGUAGGCUUAGCAAUUUGAUUAACAAUUUGAGAAAAAAGGUGCCGGAUUGUAGGAAUAGUAGUAAUAUUAAUAAUAGUGGAGAUUCGCAUAAUCGAAUAGAAAAGGAAAAGGAAAAGAAAGAGGAAGAAGAGGAAGAAGAAGAAGAAGAAGAAGAAGAGGAAGAGGAAGAAGAGGAAGAGGUUGGUAGAAAUAGCGUUGAGAGAAAUCUCGAAACUUUAGAGAAAUACGUGAUGACCGUGUUGAAUGUUGUGAUAAAGGACGAAGAGGAGGUGGAGAAUGUCGAAGUGGGAGAGCUAAGGGAAGAAGUGGUGGUACGAGUGGAAGGUGGGACGGCAAAGGAAGACGAAGGUAAGAUCGUUGAGAAAAAAGAAACUGAAAAGAAACCAUCUGCUAUUGGUGGAGGAAGUGGAAAAGGACCCAAGGACGUAGAUGAGGAUGAAGAGGAGGACGAAGAGGAGGAGGAGGAAGAAGAAGAAGAUGAGGAUUCGAAGGGACCGAAAUUCGAACCUUCCAAACCGAACGAGAGUAGAACCGAAACUGCGGUCUUUUUACCUUCCGAACAUGCCGACAAAAUGAAGAAUGAUCAUCUGGAGAGUGAUACUACUACAGUUCAUUGCAAUAUGGAUUGGAGCGAGGAUACAACGAAAACAACAACGACGACGACGACGAUUAAUUUAGAGGAAUUAGGACAAGUUUCGUCUCUUCCUAAUCGUCAUCAGUUGUCCAACUUUGAUCAUGAUAAAAAUGAACUGAGUAAGGAAAAUAAUUAUUAUACGUUAAUUAAAGAAACCGAACAAUCGGAGUUUGAUAAAAGAGAGAAUCGAUCUUUAGGUAUGAUCAUUAUGGAGAGGUUUGAUCAUCCGAUCGUCGAAGGAGGAAGGAAUACCAAUAGUGUUGACGAAAUUAUGGAAAAUCUUGAGUUACGUGACACUUGUCGUGAUUUAUUGAACGAUUUAUUAAACUGUAUAGAUCAGUGUAUCGAUAAGAAAACUAAUUCUACGGAAAUAAUGAACGUUACAAGAACAUUUAGUGAUGGUGGUGGUGAUGGUAGUGGUGUUGGUGGUGAUAGUGAUGGUACCAUGGACGAAACGAAAAAUUCUCAGGUACACGAAGAAAUUUCAUCAUCACCUACUACUACGAGUCUUCAUUGUAGUUUACCACUCGAAAGGAUCGCAUCAGUUUUACAAAAUUGUCAACCUUCUAACGUUACAACAACUACCACUACUGUUGCUGCUGCUGCCCCAUCCGUAGUUGAAACUUUUACGGUUCAACAACAACAGUCACUAUCUUCAUCCUCAAUUUCAUUAUCCACACCCGCACCCUUAUCCUCUACUUCUUCAACAACGUCAUCGUUAAACUCGCAUCAAAUCCAAACCACCGUUGCAAAGUCACCAACAGUAGCAGCAGCAGCAGCAGUAACAGCAGCAACAACAACAACAACAACAACCUCGUCAAAAUCACCAUCACCAACGGUGAGACAUCUCUGUCUUUAUUGUGACAGAAAAUUUUUGUCAAUAUCUUUAAGACAGAGACAUACCGAAAGGGUACAUCAAUUAGGUGGUGGUCGUCGUUCCGAAAGAAAUUUAAAAAGAUCUACACAAAAUUGUCAAUACUGUUCUGACAAAUGCUCAAACAGUUUGGAAUGUUUGUUUCUUCACAUGGCCGAUAAUCAUCCUGACAAAUAUCACGCAUGCAUUCAAUGCUCCACGAGAUAUUUAACGAGAGAAGCAUUACUCGCUCAUAUAAACGAAACUCAUGCUACUACUACUACUACUACUACAACUACUACUCCCACCGUUAGAGAAAGGACCACCCCACAAAUUCAGGAAAAAAUGAAGGAACCACCGAUUACUACUACUACUACUAUUACUACUACGUGUAAGGAGGUCGUUUGCCAAAGUUCCAACAUAAAAUCGGACGUUCCGCCCUCGAAAGAUAGAAAAGCGUGUGACGCGGAAGCGGAAUAUCGAUCGGAGACGACUAGUAGUUUGUUGAAGUACAUCGUACCAACUACUACGAAGGACGUUUUCAGCAAUCCCGGUAGCCCAGAAUUCGAUAGUUCCUUCUACAGCAGCGUGAGUUGCAAUAUUCGUGAGAAUUUACUUCAUCAUUUGGAUGGAAAAUUGCAAACUAACAACCCCACGUCGUCCGGGACGAAUGGUAAUUCGUCUAUGACGACUACUACUACGACUACGACUAUGACGAGUAUGACGACAACAACUAAUACAACGAUGAUGGUUACGACAAUGACGAUAACUACGACAAUGACAACUAUGACUACGACGACUGUGUUGUCAGCUGCGUCAUCAUCCUCUUCAUCUUCGUCAGCGUCAACGUCGUCUUCGUCGUCGUCAUCAUCAACGAUGACAGAAUCAAAACCACAACAACAAUCCUUUUACGAACAACACAACAAUCCUAAUCAAAUUCAAUUUCCGAUCGAUAUAUCGUUAACAGCUGCCACACCGGUUUAUAACAAAGAUUAUAACGUCGUAGAGGAAUACGAAAAUUCUAGCGAAUACGCACAAAAGCCUGGAAAAAGUAGUAGGUCUUAUCCGCGAAGGGUCUCAUUCGAGAAAUACAAUUUUCCAAGAAAAUACGACGGUAAAGAACAGUGGACCUGUUCUAUCAAGGAUCUAAGUAAAUUCGAUAUAUCGACGCAAUUACAAUUAAGAAAGAAACAACAAUUGUUGAAGGAACGUGUAACACUGAACAGGUUACCACAGGUAUUAUCACCACAACCUAACGCAAAUAACAACGAUGUCGUCGUACAAACUAGUCUCGGGAAUGAACAAACUGUUAACAAAGAUAAAAGUAAAGACACAGAAGAAGAAUCGAUAAUCGAUUAUCCUUGCACAUCUCUUGGAGAUAAUAGUGGCCUUGAUCAGUCAUCCUGUUUAAGAGCUAUCGGUUUGAUCGAGCGACGUGAGAAGGAAAUUAUGCGCAUGGAUCAACCUGUAGAUCAAUCUCUAAAGUCUACAGAAUUUAGUUUAGAGUUCGGUAAUUUCAUGAGACUUCAAAAGUGGGACGAUUCUGCUGCUGCUGCUGCUGCUGCUACUGCUACUGCUACUAUUGCUAGUGGUAGUGGUAAUGGUAGUGGUGCUAGUGGUGGACAUGCUGACCCAAAAAUCCAACAAGUCGUUUAUGCCGAAUUAACUGGUGAAUGGUCAAGACCUAGGAUUUAUAUUUGUGGUGCUUGUAAUACAAAACACGUAACAUUAAGGGAAAUGGAAGAUCACAAAUCAUCAAUGCAUCCAAACGUUUGGUGCUCCCAUUACGAAUUUUCCGGUGAUCAACGUGAAUUAUACAAACAUCUGUUUCUACCUGGUCGCAGUACACCCACGAUAAAAGCUAAGAAUGCCGAAUUGCCGGAAAAAAUUUGUACCAAGUGUUCGAAAAAUUGUAGUACAUUUUCCGAAUUACAUAGACACAUGUUGGAAUGUGGCGGUGAUCAGACAUGGUUGUUGGGACUUUUUGGUAACGGUAAAAAGAAGUGCAAGUGGCGUCCGUUUGGUAGUCGUAGCAGAAGACGUCGUCAACGUGGCAUGAAAAGAAAUAUUCAAAAUUCACAAUCACCACGUUCGAACGUGCCAAAGGAGAAACAACCAACAGGGCCUAGGGUUCGACCAAGUGACCGUGAGAGUAUUCAAAAAAUGUUGGCCAAUCUACCCCCAAAAAGGGCUACGAGAAAAGUUUUACAGGACAGUACUUUGAGAACCCAAGGCAGACUGCGUAACGUCCAGACGAGAUCACGACCACGUAUGAGCAACGAUAGUACAACAGCAUCAAGGAUGUCAAGGAAUAAGGCAGUAUUAAGGAAUAAAUUAUUGAAAAAUGCUAAAUCAAUUCAACGCAAUCGUUGUAGAAGUGACAACAUAUCGGCAGUGAUCGAAAGUGUCAUUAAUGAUUAUAACGAAAUUAAUGAUAAUGAUAAUAACGAUAGAAAACACGAUGGGGGGGAUAAUAAAAAGGAAAGGGAAAGAACCAUGGAUAGUAGUAGUAGUAGUAGUAGUAGUAGUGGGAAUAGUGAGACUACAACCAAAGAGAAGAUUGAAACUACCUCGAAGGAUAGAAAGGAAGAAACGGAAAGGAGAGGUGGUAGUGGUAGUGGUAGUGGUAGUGGUGGUAGUGGUAGUGUUGGUGGUAGUGGUAGUGGUAGUGGUAGAGAGAAUAAUAAGCCGAAGGUCGGACGGCCCAGGGUGCUUGGAAAGAAAAAGAACAUAAAGGUGAAAAAUGCAGUCGUUGAGAACGUCGAUGCACGUGGUAGUGGUGGUGGUACGAUGAGACGCGAACGAGUUAGAGCGAGAAACAAGACGACCUUGAAGUCAACCAACUAUCAGAUUAGGAUACAAGAUACUACGAACGAUUCGACCAAAUAUACGAAAAAUAUCAAAACUUCGAAUAAAAUAUCAUCGAACAUUGAUAAUAAUGAUUAUUAUUCGGAUAAUAAAUCUAAUGUUGGUAAUAUUAAAACACCACCGUCUGUUGGUAAAAAUAAAUCAACUUCUGGUCAAACAACCCCUAAAAGAAAACGUUCGGUUGAUCCGGUAACAUCGUUGAAUGCAUCGAUUAAAGCUAAAUCUCAAUUACGUACGCAGGAUGGAAAAUUUGCUAGAAAUCCUAACAAAGUUUCGAACGUUCAACAACAACAACAGCAACAACAGCAACAACAACAAACGAAAAUUCGUGAAAUGAAAACACCGUUGGUACGUAACAUGAGUAAAGAUUUGUUGUCGGAAUCAACUAAAUCUAAAUUAAAUCACGUUGUUACGAAAACUAAGAACAACGAUGAUGUACAAUUACAACAACAAGUACCUAGAAGAACAACGAGAUUGUCUUCGGACAGUGACAAAAUGCCAACAUUAGAACCGGUAAUACAGAUAUCGUCUAACGAGGAAGAAUACGUUGACAAAUCAACCAACGAUUUACCUAUACUUUCACCUGUCAGUAAUUCCGAUCAAAAGAUACUUCGUGGUAGCAAUAGAAAUGUUGACAAUGGUAUAGGAGAUAAUUCUACGACGAUGUCAUCAAAAAUUAUUGGAAAUUUGACUAACGAAUCAUCCAACAAUAAAAUGGAAGAUCAGAGACAAUGUAAAAAGAGAAAAACUAAUGUUGACAACAGUAAAAUAAUCGAUCGUAAAAUUGAACAACAACAGGAAACCGGAGUAUUAGCACCACCACCACCACCACCACCACCUUCACAACAACCGGUGAUGGUGGUUGGUAAUUCGUUGUCGACUACGCGAGAGAAUCAAAAUAAUUCGAACAAAGUGAUCAUACGAGAAAGUAGAAUAAGAACGAGAAAAAGUGCACCGGCAAAAAGUGUAAACAACAACGCGUCGGAAGAAAAUGUUAGAAAGGAAGAUGGAAGAAGAGUCAACAACCCAAGGGGUUCAAAGUGUCGUGCUACUUCGGCUGACGGUACGAAAAGGGAUGAUUCUUCUUCUUCUUCUUCAACGAGAAAGGACUAUGAAGACUCAAAUUUGUCGAAAACCUUAGAAACGAGAAGUUAUUCAAGAACACGAACACAGGAUCGUGCCAUCUAUUCGCAGGACAUGGAAUCUCUCAAUACAAAGGACAUGCCAUUCGAAGUGAAAAAACUUUUGAUAGGAUUACACGCUAAUGCAAGGGAAGAUAUUUAUAAUUUUUUUAGGUUUGAUGUAACAUCCCUGUUAGAUAUUUCAUCUAAACGUAGUUUAAGGCAAUCAACUGCAAGAUUGGAUUAUUCUCAAGUAAAUGCUAAAAAUGUUGCGAAAAUUUCUAAAGAUCAAGAUACGAAUACACGUGUAACUGGUGGUGGUAAUACAACAACCGAAAUCUCACGAAAAUCAUCAACGUUGGAUGUACCAGCAAAGACUUGGUCUAAAACAUCCAAAAAAGAGAAGAAUAAUUGUUUAAGAAAAUCACCGAGAAAUAAUGAAAAAAAAGGUAACAUCGAUAAACACAAAAUAACGGAUGAUGAUGAUGAUAAAUCAUCUCAAAUGAACAAUGAUGAAAAUACAAAAAUAAUGAAAAACAAUGAUUCUAAUUCGAAAGAAAUUGAACAAACCAAAGAUAGUAAUACUAUUACUUGUUCACAAACUACAUCCUCGUGUUGUAAUUCUGAAAUAGAAAAUCAUAAAAAAGAUCCUGUAAAUACUGACGAUCAAGAAAGAUCAGAAAAUCAUGGAAAAAAUCUUAAAGAUGAUUCUAAAGUAUUCCAAUGUAAUAAGAAAGAAAGUAUUGCGGAUGAAAGUAACGAUGUUAUUUUAAAGAAGAACACAUCGUUGGGCAAACGACGUGGUAGAAUCAAAUCAAACGUUGAUCAAAUAACAGAUGAACAUAAUAAUGAUAUGAAAAUGAAUUCAUCGUCAAUACCAAUCGUUACUAAUAAUAUUACAAUUAAUGAAGUAGAAUCAUCAUUUGACAAAGAUACGAAAAUAAUUCAACAAAACAAUAUCAAUGAUGAUAACACCAUUGUGACAUCAAAAGAUACAAAAAAAUCAGUAGACAAUACAAACAAUAAUCCGAUUAAUUUAAAUCUGAGUCAAUUGCAAUCAGAAAGAACAAAUAAUUCGAUAGAUAGUGGUAAAGAAAAUUCAAUGAUCGAAUCAUCAACGACAAAUUCUAACAAACCAAAAGUAGGAAGACCAAAAAAAUGUUGGGGUUCGAGACGUGAAAGAACAUCAAAAAGAUCAUUGAGUAAUGUCAUUGGUAUAUUAACGGAAGGUAUGAAUAUACCUGUUGAAGUUCAACAAAGUGUCGUUCUUACGGUUCAAACUAACGUAGAAAACGUUAAUAAUCCUGUUGGUGUUGCACAAAGUGAUGCAUCUCAACCAUCUGCUGGUAAUAUCGUUAAUAAUACUGACAAAAUUGUUGAAACUGAUAAUGCUGUAUCAUCUUCUACAGAAGAAAAAGAACGUGAGAAUGAGGAUAAACAAGAAACACCAUUACCACCAACACCAUCGGUGAUGAUAACACCUGAAGAUGAUACACCUAAAGUCGUCAUUGAUAAAUCACGUAAAAUCAUUUCACCAACUAACGAUAUCAUUUUAGAUCUUUCCAAAAGGAAACCUAAAAAGAAGGGUUCAUUUUUAGAAAAAAUUGUCUCGAAAAUUGCCAAACAAAAGGAUGCACUUUUGGAAGGUGAAGUUGGUACGUUAUUGGAUAUAGCUGCAGAUGAAUUAACUAGCAUAUUAGAUGAAGUUGGACCUAAUUUAGAUACCAAUAUUGAUACGUUACAUGAAAAUAAAGUUAUUAACGUUGGUAAGGAAUCUAGUGAAAAAUUGAUAGAACCUAAAUUAAAUAAAAAUGAUAAUGUUAUCGAACGUUGUGAUGAUAAAUCGAUUAGUAUGAAAAAUAAUAUUGAUGAAAAUUCUGAAUUAGAUGAUGAUACGAUUAAUAAAAGGAUCAACGAUACAUUGAAAACUAACGAAGUUUUUAACGAGUCUGUUAAUCCUAAUCUGAAUGAGAAACUAUCUGACGAUAUUAUUAUUAUAAAUCCUGUAAUAUCAGAAUAUAAAUCUAACGAGUCUGAUAAAUUCAAUCUAAUUCUAUCCGAUGAAACAAUUAUUAAACGAAUAGAAGAAGAAAAUAAAGAAAAAGAGGGAGAAGUAGUUCAGAGUAAUAUUUUAAAUAACUCAAAACGAAAAUCUAAAAGAAAAUCAGAUGAUAAUAGUAGUAGUAGUAGUAGUAGUAGUAGUAGUAAUAGUUCGUUGAAAAAUGUGAUUGAGAAAGUUUCAAUGGAAGAUAAAACACAAUUGGAAGAGAAUAAUGAUCAACAAAAACAUCAUAAUUCGAUAGAAAAUAUUGUAAAUGUCUCAUCUACGAUAGAAAGCAAUAACGAAUUGAAAAAUAUUCAAAAUGUUAUUGAAAAAGAUUUGAAAAAUCAAUACGAUAAUUCUAAUAAUCAUUCAAACGAGAUACAAUUGCAAAUGGUUGUUGAAAAUACAAUCAAAUUAAAAACAAACAUUGAGGAAACUAAAAUUGAUGAUUGUAAUUCGAAAGAAAUUGAUGUAACAAUAUCAAAUAUGGAUUCUUCUAAAUUAUUAUCCGAUUCAAAUGCAGCAACAACAACGAUGACGAUGAAUAAAGAAAAUCAUGAAAAUAAAUUAGAAGCAUCAUCAUCAUCGAUUUCUAACGAAACAAUUACAACAACUACUACAAUUACUAAUACUAAUACUAAUUUGUUGAAUUGUCGAAAACAAAACAAACGUAAAUCAUCAGAAUUGAAAUCAAAUUUGCUGGGUAGACGACGACGAUUUUCUAAAAGAAAAUUAAACAACGAGGACUCCUCCGAUUUAAUCGACGAUAACGUAGUGGAAUAUCGAUCGGUGGAUACGCCCUCGAGUGAAACGAAAAUUCAAAAAGAAGAAACAACAACUACAACUACUAAUACUACUACUACUACUACUAUAGUUACAACGUCUCGAAGAAGAAAAUCCUCUAGACUAAAAUCAUCGUCUACUGUUAUCGAUGCUGUUGUUGUUUCAGCAGAUAACGUUGAACAGGAGGAAGAAACAUUCGAUGACGUUAAAAAUAGUUUAUCUUAUUUAGAUUCUUCGAUUCCUGGAAGAAACGUUGAAGAUAUGAUUACUACUACUAUUACAACUGUUGAAACGAAUAUAUGUGAAUUAUUAAAUAAAGAUGAGGAAAAAGAUAAAGUAAGUUCUACAAUACAGCAGCAACAGCAACAGCAUCCAACAAUAUUGCGAAUACCUGAGAUAUCAAAGUUAUAUGACAACAAUAUUUGUCAAGAAAAAAUGAAGAAAGAUUCAUCGUCAAUAAAAAUCACUGAUUCUGUAAUUGUUGCUAACACCAAUGACGAAGACGAUGGCAAAAUUUCAUCAACAACAACGUCUUACAACAGUCAACCGCAAAAAAUUGUUAAAAAACGUGGAAGAAAAAAGAAAUCAUUGAUCAUUGAGGAGGAACAUUUAAAAUCAUUACCUGUUAAAGAAUCGACGAUUGAUAAAUCUUUAGAGAAAUCUAAAUUCAUCGUCAAAUGUACAAUGGAUGAUAGUAAUAAUCGCAUUAAAAAAACUUGUACAUCUUCGACAGAAUUGACGAUAUCAUCUAUUCCUUCUACUACUACUACUACUACUAUUACAAAUACUAAUACUAAUGUUGGUAGUGUUUGUUCGAGCGAGGAAUCGUCGAACGUUGAUCUUCCGGCGGCAAAUGCCAGCAACGCCCUUCCGGAACCCUUCAAAGUUCCCGAAGUAAGCGACGUGUUGCAGCAUACAAAGAAGCGUACGUCAAAACGUAAAAUCAUUCACGAAGAACAACAUUAUGAAUUAAAAACUGGUGGUGAAUAUGUUCAAGAUGAUAAUAAAACGAUAGAUGAUAAUACGAAAGAAUCGACAAAAUUAUUAUCAACUAUUCGUAACGAUGAAUCUUUGAUGGAAGAUCAUCGAUCAUGCAAAAUUGUAUCCGAUGAUAACAAAAUUAAAUUAAUCGAUCGUGAUUUAUCGAUUGAUAAUAUCGACAAAUCGAUUUCCAUGAAUUCCAUGGAAAAUGAUACAUUAAAUAAUCAUUCAUGUAAAAUAAAAGUAUCAUCGUCAUCAUCAUCAUCAUCAUCAUCAUCAUCAAGGCGUACCAAACGUACGGAAGAAGAAUCAACGUGUUCUGAUCAUUUGGAAACAACUACAACAACAACAGACAAUUUGUCCGAAUCUUCUUCGUGUACCAGUGAAACUAGUAAUAAUAAUAAUAAUAAUAAUAACAAUAAUAAUAAUAAUAAUCAUAAUCAUAAUAAUAAUAAUUCGUGUCAAAGAAGAAAACGUUUUACGAGAAGGAAGAAAAAUCAUCAUGAAAUUAACGACGAUCCGGAAACCGAUGAUUGUUCAUUUAACAAUAAUAAAUUGUUAAAUGGAAAAUUGAAUUCAAAUGGUAUCGAAAGAAGACAAAUUCCAAAGAGACGAGCCAAAGAUAAUAUUUCAUUUCUCGAAGAUUUUUCUAACAGCGAAAGUUCUGAGGAAACCUUUUACGAAGUACCAACAACAACAACAACAACAACAACAACAACAACAACAACCUACGUUGUCGAUCGAAAAGACGAAGAAGAAGAAGAAGUUGUUGAAAAUUUCAUUCAAGAAAAUAAAAAUCUCGAAGAAAAAUCAACAACAACAACAACAACAACAACACCAUUGGAAGAUGUUAAAUCAAUCGAUGAUGUGAUUUCAAUCGAUGAUAAAAAUAAUCAAAAUAAUAGCAUUGAAACUGACAAAGAUGAUUCUAUCAUUUCCGAACAAUCAUCGAUCAUUGCAAAUGAUUCCGAAUUUGGAUUGGAUGAUCACAGUCAAAUUUUGGAUGAUCAUCAAACGCCGAAAAAACGUACUGCUGGUAAUUUUGUGGUUGUUCAUACGAAAAGUGGUGAAAUUUUGAUCGUAGAAAAACGCAAAAAACUCACCAAAGAAGCUGCCAAAUUUUUCUGCGACGUUUGUGCGACGAGUUUUACGCGAAAGAGUUCACUUAAAAAACAUCAUCAAUCGCAAUCACAUUUGAUACAAUUAACCAAAUCAGACAAGGAUAAUAAGGUUAAUAAUUGCGAUAAUAAAGAUAUAGAUCAUAAAUGUGAUGAAAAUGGUGAUUGGAUGAUCAAUUAUAAUGAUGAUCAUCAUGUUAACGAUGAAAUUGAUUAUAAAGAAACAACGAACGAAUCGAUUGAUGAUCAUUUACAAAUGAUCAAUGAUGAUUUGUCCAAUUCUGAUAAAAAUGAUACAACCACCUCGUCUGAUUAUUUAAACAAUAUGGAAUCGUCAACAACUUCUUUCGAAAAUUCGGUUAAUAAUAAUAAUAAUCAUCAUCAUCAUCAUCAUCAAGAAACAUUGGAAGAUGAACUUUUAGAUGAAGAAAUUUGUAAAAUAACUGAAAACAUGAGCCACGAUGAAUAUGUUUUGACCGAUCACGUUAGUCCAAUUCAACAAGAAACAUCAUCAACCUCAACACCAUUGAAAAAUGUUAAUACAAAAAUUGACGAUGAUAAUAUUAAGAAGAAAAAGAAUGAUAAGAAGCGUGAAAAAACGAAGAAAAGAAAUUUGGCUGAUGAACAUUUGGAUUUGAAUACACCUGAAUUGAAAAAAGUGAUCACAGAACAAAACAACAAAUCUGUUAAUAAAGAUUCUGAUUUAAAUAAAACUACAAAUGAUAAAAAUGAUGAUGAUGAUGAUGAUGAUAAUGCUGUUGUUGCUUCAUCAUCUUGGAAUUUAGAAAUAACCAAAAUUCUCGUAAAAAAUGACAAUUGUACUAAAUCAAAUGAUACAGAAUCAAAGAUAAUGCAAGAUGAUUUCAAAGAAAAUGAUUUGUCUCAAUCUAUUAUUGAUAUUAGAACAAAUUCAACGUCAGAAAAGGAAGAAGAAAAUAUCGAUAGUAAUUACAAAGAAGAAAAAUCUGAUAAUAAGGUUGAAUUUAAUUGGACUAAUAUAGAAAAAGAAUUACAAUCAAAGCUUAAUUCUAUAAAAGAUAAUAAUGAGAAUAAGGUUAACGACAAGAUUGUCGAUGAAAUUUCCAUAUCCUCGAGUACAAAUAACAAAAGUGUUAAUACAAUUCAUAAAAAUGAUUCAAUGAAACAUUUACAAGAGAUUAAUGUUAUUAAUCAAGAUGAGACUAAAAUUAUCGAAGAAUCAUUAAAUCAUUUAAAAGAUUCUAAUAUAGUUGCGAACAAUGUAAAAAUUAAUAAUAAAUCAAUGAUUAAUAAUGUAAUAGAAAUAAUGAACAAUACUGUUGAAGAAGAUUACAACAACGUUGAUGAGAAUAAUCGAUAUUCUUCCGUGUCAUUGAAUAUAAAUGAUGACAUUGAUUAUGAUAAAAAGAUCGAAGAAAAAGAAGAAGAAGAUGAUGAUGAUGAUGAUGAUGAUGAUAAUAAUACGAAGAAGAUUAACAUAGAUAAUAAAGAUGAUAUAUCGUUGAUUUCUACCAUUGAUACAAUUCAAUGUAAAAAUAAUAUCACGGAUUCUUUGGAAAUAGAAACAAAUGUAAUAUCGAGAAACGUUAAGAAAUCAUCGUCAUCGAAAUCUUCUAAAAAGCAUCAACGUGUCGCUGAAACGUAUGAAGAAAUCGAAGAUAAAUCGAUAUCGAAUUCAUCAUCAUCCUCUUCAUCUUCAUCGUCUUCCUCAUCGUCAUCUUCAUCGUCAACUUCAUCGUCACCAUCAUCGCCUAGUUUAACCGAUAAACCACUUUCCGAAUUUUUAAUUGAAAUGAAUAAUAAAAAGAAAAAAGAGAUAAUGAAAAAUAAUAAAAAUGAUCAUUCUUCAAUGGAUAAAGUAAUAAUCAAAGAAUCACAAUUAAAAAAUACUACAGAAAAGAAGAAGGAUACAAAAUUAUGGAUAUCUGGUGAAUUUGAAAGUGAUGACAAUAAUGACAAUAAUGUCAAUGAAGUUGAAGAAAAUAAUGUUACGGAAAUUGAACAAAACGUUGAUUUAAAAUUAACAAAUAAAAAUUACAAACAAGUUGAUCAAAUACAGAUAAACAAUGACAAAUAUUGCAUUGCCGAACGUAAAAUAAUUACCAACGAAAUUACACCCAUCAUUGACGAUUGUUAUAUCGAGAAUAAAAAAUCACGAACAACAAGUUCAUUGAUGAUUAAUAAUAAAAAAAUAGAAGAAGAAGAAGAAGAAGAAGAAGAAGACAAAUUAGAAUUAACACGUACUUCGAAUUUGGAAUCUCGUGAUACGUCGAAAAAAUUAGGAAAGGGUAAUAAUAAAUCGUCUAAAAAAGUGACUCAUAAAAAAUCACGAAUGACAAGGAGAAGAAAAGCAGCAUUGGAAAGAUUGCAGAUCACACAUUCGAGUGACAGCGAUUGUAGCGAAUAUGAGGGUCUGAACGAGUCACAAAAUAAAAACAAAAUCGUGAAAAGUGUGUUUGGUCGUGUAUUUGGUUGUGAAAAAAUGGAUAAAGUUAAGGAAGUAUUGAACGAUUGGGUAUCGAAAUCUGAAAAUGAUUCUGAUACAUCGCGUAAUGGUUUUGAUUCGAAAGAACUUAAUGGAAAUAAUGUACCAUUGAACAAAGAAGAAGAAGAAGAAGAAAAAUUUGUGGAAAUGAAAAAUAUCAAUUAUGAAAAUACUAAAAAACAUCGUUCGAACAAUUCAAAUAGUAAUAAACGAGCGACGAAUAAACGAGAUGUUAAAAGAAAAAAUACAUUUUCUUCUCAUAAGAAACAACAAGAGAAAAUGUCAUCGUCCAAUCGUCAAGAACAUCAUCGUCAACGUGGUGGUAAUAAUAAACAUUCCAAAUCUCGAAAUAAUUUGAAACAUCGUGAAAUUACGAAAGAACAAACAAUUACUAACACGUAUGAUAAUUCAACGACAGUUGUUACGUCAACGUUAGAACCUGAAAUUUCGACAUUGAAUUCUUCUAGAUGUAGAUUGAGUAAAAAACGUGCACAAGAAAAAAUAUCAUGGUCAUUUGAAUUGUCAAAUGGUCUUGACGAAGUUUUACCUCGUAAGAAUCAUCAUAAGCAAAGGAAUAAAGAAAAAUCUUACGAAUUAAGAAAAUCAUCUAAAUCUAAUGAUUCCACUGUUCAAAAUAAUGGAUAUGGUUCUAUUGAUUACGAUAGAACAUUUGUAAACUUUAAUAAUGAAGAAUUAUCGAAAAAUUCCAGAAAAAAGAAUAAUCGUUCGGUUAAACAACAAAUUGUUGAUAUUGAAGAAAAUAAAUCUCAUCGAAAAUAUGGGAAGAGAACGAUGACGACGACGAAUGACGAAAUAAACGAAUCCAAAAUUGAUACGAUUGAUUUGGCAAAGAACAAACAUUACAAUACGAUAAAUAUUCGACAGGAAGAAGAAGAAGAAGAAGAAGAAGAGGAAGUAGAGGAAGAGGAAGAAGAGGAAGAAGAAGAGGAAGAAGAAGAAGAAAAGAACAAUAUUGAGGAAGAAGAUGAAGAUGAAGGUAAAGGUGUCGAUAAUGAUCUACACGAAAAUCAAAUUGUAUCGUCGACUGGACAGAUAAAUAAUCAGGAUACAAAAGUCAAAUUAACGAGUAUCGAUAGAGAUUCACAAAUAAGUUGUGAAGAUGAAAGUGAAUUAGAUGAUGAGGAGGAAGUACGUUGCGAUGAAUUAACUUGUGAAGAGAGAAGGUUGUCACCAUUGUUUGCUCGUGAUACACCUGACAUUUCGUUAGGUAGUAGUUCAAACAGUGAAAAUGAAAUUGACGAUGAAGAUGAGGAAGAAGAAGAAGCAACAACAGCUGCAACAACAACAACAACAACAGCAACAGCAGCAGCAGCAGCAGCAGCAGCAGCAGUGAUGGAAGAAGAAGAAGAUGAAGAUGAAGAAGAUGACGAUGAAGAAGAAAACAGGAAACAUAUUUUAGAUAUGAACAGGAAAAGAAGUCCUAGUGUAUUUUCUAACGGUAAAGUCUUGAUUAGAUCACCGUCCUCCAAUCACAGAGAUCGAACAGAAGUUAUCACAAUAGCACCAACGGAUGCAAUUGAAGAUAAUGCUUUAGAUGUACCACAUGAAAUAGAAUCAGCCAAGCCACGACAAGGUAAGGUGUUAAACUUUGACGAGGAAUUAUUCGUCGAGUGUUGUUCGAGAUUAAAAGCAACAACGGAAAACGAGUUACGCGGAGCUAAAAAGAUCAAGCUCGAUCAUUCGGAUGGUUAUCAUAAGAAGGACGAUCAAGUACAACUUUAUAGAACCAAUAAGGAUCGAUGGAGAGAUGUUGAAAGUCAAAAUAGUCUUGGAAGUCUCUUGGAAUCGGUUAAUCAGUUACUUGGUGAAGAGAUGCAUGGUACACGAGAAAGAGAAUAUAAUAAACGUGGUAGUAGAACUCGUAAUGUACAGAGUGAACAAUCUAGCAGAUCGGACAGUCCUGAUAUAUCUCGUGCUGAUAAUCCUGGUUACGAGGAUAGUCUUGAUGUUGCUUUCGAACAUAACAACAAGUUACGCGACAAGAUUCAACAACGAAUGAGAGAGAGCGAGAAUCUUAUAGCAAGUACCUUUGGACAACGAUCAGGAAGCAACACCAUCGACGAUGGAUACGAACGUCAGUGUCAAACUGAUCAUAGUAAAAUAAACGAGGAUGACAACAACGAUACUCCUUAUUUAAGGAUCGAUAAUCACGGACACUUGUCCAACUCGAACGUGAACCGUAAUGACACUAUUAAUAUUGAUCAUGUUCAAGAUAAUCAAAUAACUAAGACAAAUUUAGAUACAUCUGAAUUUAAAAGCAAAAUGAAUUCAGCCUUGGGAGGCCUUUUAGAUAAGGCAUUAUCAAACUUGUUGCAUAAUAAUGGCAAACACGAUCAUAAUGGUUCAACUCCGAUGAAGGUUCUCGCUGAAUUAGCUUGUGCACGUGCACCAAGAUCAACUUCACCUGAAGAUCGACAGACAAAUAUCACCGUACCGGUUAAGGAUACGAUUCAGGAGACAAUAUCGGUGACGGUAGGAAAGGAUUUACAACCUAAGAAAGCGAGAAAUCCUAUACAGGAAUUAUUCGAGAGAAAAAAGGAGAUGAAUGAACGAAGACAACAAGAAAGAUCGCAAGCUGAAACUGCGUUACAUGAUUUAAACGCAAUGCAAAAACAACAACGUAAAUCUAAGAAAACGAAAAAACGUCCGGACUUUCCGUUAAUACGAAAAAACAAUCAGGGUGGAAUGGCAGAAAAGAAAAAACGUCGGGAUAAUUUUGAACGAAAGGAUAACAACGAGUUGAGAUCGGAAAAGAUUAAAGACGUUUACGAUUUCGAUGAAGAUGAGAGUCAAAUGGAACCUACUUUCGGUCGUGUCAUGUCUUAUAGAAAUAAAGUUGAGAAAAAUUAUGAAGUAAGUUGUAUUAGAACGAAAGAAGUUGAUGUAGCUGAUCUGUUGUCAAAAGCUAUCGGUGAUAGUUUAGAAAACGGAACAGCUGGAGACGUUCUUGGAACAAGAUUGGAAUCUAUGAUUGAUCGUAAGUUCAAAGAGAUGGAAAAGUUUGCACCUAAAACAAAAGGUGCAUUGAAAGCAUUCCAAAGUGAGGAUCAUCAUCAUCAUCAUCAUCAUCACAGUCAUCAUCAUCACCAACAUCAUCAUCAACAACAACAACAACAACAACAACAAAGUCAACGAAUUACAGGACCUAUGGAUGAAUUUGUAGAAAGAAAACAACGUCCUAAGCAGCAACGAUCGGUUGAUCAACAAAAGCAUACCAAAUUCAAGAAAAAGAAUAAAAAUCCUAAAAAGAAAGCAAGAAAUGCGUGGUAUGAAAACGAUAGUUCGGAUGAGUAUAGAACAGCUGCUAAAACUGAAGACGUUGGGGUAGGUAUUACAAAGAGUCAACGUACGUGUUCUAAAGGUAAACAAAAUCUAUUCGCUGAAUUAUCGACAUCAUCCGAGAGUGAAUUUGAAGAUGGUGGUGUUGGCUAUGAUUCCAAGAGACGUCGGCGAGUUAAGAAAACUGUUAAAAAAGAUAUCGAGAUAGAAGAGGUGGUUGAUAAGAUCGAGAGAACCGAAGAAAAUAAUUGUUUCGGUGAUCGAGAUCAAGACAUUGAAGAAGAAGAAGAGGAGGAGGAAGAAGAAUGGGCAACUACUACAAAUCAUGUUACCACCGAUAUUAUUGAUACUACUAAGAAUAAUGAUAUCGAUCAUAAAAAAUCAGAAUCCGAGAUGUCGGAUCAUCCAUUGGUGAUCGAUGAAAGAAAGGAGAUUAACGAGCAAAGAAACAGCGAUGACGAUGCCGAUAAUCAAUCCGAACGUAUCUUGGAAUUAGACGAUUUGUAUCGAGAAGAUAGUUCGUUUGCUGAUUCGGACAUUGAAACGGAAAUAAUAGCCGAUUUAAGAGGGAUACAAGAUGAGACGACUACUGUUAAGUGUUCAACUCCUUCUCAAAUAGAAAAGACUUCGCAAAAUACAAAAACGGAUUAUACUCCUGAAGAUGAACUUAUACCAUUAGAGGAAGCUUUAGAUUUAUUGGAUAGAACGGAAAUAUUGAAUAAUACUGAUGUAAAUGUGAAUCAAAUUGAACAGACAAAUGUUAUACCAAAUACAGAACUUAUCGUUGAACCAAUAAAAGAAACUGAACCAGAAGGAUAUCAAAGUACGAAUGAAGAACAGGACGAAGAGAUUGACUGUGAUGUUCUCGAAUUACCAGAAAAAUUAUCAACUAAUGAAAAACCAAAAAAGGAAUCGGACAAUUUACCUUUGCAUGUGUUCUUAAGUAGAAAAGUUCAAGAAUCUAAGAAAAGGAAGCAACAACAAUUAAAGAAAUUACAGGAGGAACAAGAAAGGAUUCUCAUGGAAUUUCAACCAACCAGAAGACAAAGAAAGUGUGCGAUUGGUAAACAAGGUUUGUUGGCAGAAAUAAGUAGCUCCGAUGAAGAAACUAAUAUUAGGGAAACUCAAAGUAGAAAAUAUACCGAUAAAUCGGAUCACGAGAGAACGAAAAAACAGAAAAGAGAAUCUAAAGAAAAAAGAAAAGAAAGGUAUUUAGAAAAGAAACACGAACAGAUAAUAGCAAAGGAACAAAAAGCAAUCGAGGAAGAGAUCUUAAGGGAACUCGAGAAGAGAAAGGAAAGUGCACAAAAGACAACAACAACAACAACAAUAACAACAACAACGACGACAACUAAUAAUUUCGAAUUAAACGUAGAAUCGUCUGUUAUCGAACAAACAGUAGUACAAUCGAACAAUUUAACUAAAAAUAAAAUUGUUUUGUCGGAUGAAAGUCUUGAUAAAAGGAAGCAUCAAACGAUUAAAGAUAAACCGAAGAAGAUAGAAGAAUCUAUAGGAAACGACAGAAUAAUUGAUUGUCCUUCUAUUGAUUCUGAACACAAUCGUGAAAAGACAGAUCUGAAGAAAGGUAACAAUAAUGUAAUAGCUAAUGAAAACGUGAAUCAUUUAUUGGAAUCCAAUUUGAAAUCGAAGAAGGGUACAACAAAGUCGCCAUCGAAAUUAAAGAAAUCAGUAAAAGGUAAUGAGAAUAAAACAUUGAACAAUGGUAAUAAAAGGACUAAGUUAACGAAUUCUGAUCGAUCGAAGGGGGGUGGUCGUGUCGGGACUACAAAUGGAAAAGAUUUAAAGGAUAGAAAAUCGUCUAGUGGUAAAAAAGAUGUUGACGAUGAUGAAGAAUUAAAAACAACUAAAUCGUGGAACAAAGUUGACGAAGGAGUUGGUGUUGCAAUUGGUCGAAGAAAACGUGCUGCAGUUAAUCAACUCUAUUAUUGGUCAAGUUCAAGUGAUGAGGAAGAAAUAAUUGAACCAACGCCAGUGGUCGAGGAAGAGGAAGAUGAUCGUCAGGAACAGCAUGGUUGGAUUGUUGGUGAUUCGCACAAACGUAUGAUUACUAUGCUGGCGAUGGAAAAACAAUUAAAAGAAAAACGACGUAGGAGUGAAGAUGAAUUUGAUUCGGUUAGAUCUAAGAGUAAGAAGCACAGAAAUAGUACUUCUUGAUACGUGUUUCACGAUUAGAUUUAAUCAUAUAGAGAUAUUCGAAUAGAACACAAAUAUAAUUAAAUAUAUAUAUAUAUACGUAUCAUUACAUUUAUUUUC